GUUGACAUUUGGGAAAAAGUAAACAAAACGUUCGAGCUUCCCGGAAAAGUAAUUUCCUGACAAAAUGAAUCCUUUAACGAAUAUGAAAAAUGUGCUGAAACUCAGCGAAAAUGAUCUGAAAGGAGGCUCAAAGUCCAGCUGGCACGAUCAGUACAAAAACAGUGCCUGGAUCUUUGUCGGGGGGCUUCCCUAUGACCUCACGGAGGGGGAUGUGAUAGCUGUGUUCUCUCAGUACGGGGAGGUGGUGAACAUUAACCUUGUCAGGGAUAAAGCUACGGGGAAACAGAAGGGAUUCUGCUUCAUCUGCUACGAAGAUCAGAGAUCAACAAUCCUGGCUGUGGACAAUUUCAAUGGGAUCAAGUUGCUGGGAAAAACCCUAAGGGUCGAUCACGUGAAUGAUUACAAAGCUCCGAAGGAAAAUGACAAAAUUGACGAAGAAACCCGGCGCCUCCAUCUCGAAGGAUGCGCUCCAAAGCCUCAAAUUCCCAUCGAGAUGCUCAAGAGGGAAGAUUCAUCCUCCAGUUCCAGUGGCAUUCGCCUCCCGGAAAGGCUUCCCAUCCGAAAUCCCGCAGAACCGCCUUCGAAAAAGGUCAAAAAAGAGAAGAAAGCGAAAAAAUCCAAGAAAAGCAAGAAACGGAAGAAGAAAAAAUCCUCCGAUUCCUCAGAUUCCAGCUCCGGAAGUGACUCAGAAUCCAGACACAAGAGAAAAUAAAUAAAAAUUAACAUUUAAUGAUAUUUCUCUAUUUUAUCUCCUCUAAAAUGGAAUAUCGUGUUAUUUUCUAAACUCAAAGAAAAAACAUUUUCCAAAGGACUUGGAACGUCCUUUUUCCUGUUUUUUUUUUUU